AUGUCUACUGUUCAGUACCGCACCCUUGGAAAGACUGGUCUAAAAGUCUCUGUGCCAAUUCUUGGCGCGAUGAGCUUUGGAACCUCAAAAUGGGCUUCCUGGGUCCUUGACGAGGAGCCUUCUAUCGAGAUCAUGAAGGCUGCUUGGGACCUUGGCAUCAAUACCAUCGACACCGCCAACAUUUAUUCCAACGGCGAGUCAGAGCGUAUCAUUGCCAAGUUCAUCAAACAGUACAGCAUUCCUCGCUCCCAGAUCGUCAUCGCCACAAAGUGCAGUGGUCUCGUCGCCAAUGAUCCCUCCAUCCAGGGAUACUCCGUACCCGGCCUCAAUCAGCGGCCCGAGUACGUUAACCAGUCUGGCCUGUCUCGCGCUGCAAUCUUCAACGCUGUUGACGCGUCCCUCGCUCGUCUCGAGACCCCAUACAUCGAUCUCUUGCAGAUUCACCGCUUCGAUGCUUCGGUCACUCCUGAGGAGACCAUGAAGGCACUUCACGACCUCGUGGAGAACGGUAAAGUCCGUUAUAUCGGUGCUAGCUCCAUGCGCUGCUGGCAGUUUGCUAUGUUAAACGACGUGGCCGCUAGGAAUGGCUGGACAAAAUUCGUCAGCAUGCAGGAUGAGUACUCGCUACUCUACCGUGAGGAGGAACGUGAGAUGCUUGCUUAUUGCAAAUACAACGGUAUCGGUGUCAUCCCAUGGGCUCCUCUAGCUUCUGGCGUCCUCGCACGCCCCGCUGGCACGGAGACGACGCGUCUCAACUCCACCAAGGGAACCGCCUUUGAGAAAAAGGUUACCGAUGGAGACACGACUAUCAUCAACCGCGUCGAAGAGCUUGCAAAGAAGAAAAAUUGCAAGAUGAGCCAGAUCGCGCUGGCCUGGGCUGCAUUAAAGGUGUCAAGCCCUAUCGUGGGUAUCAGCUCUGUACAGAGGUUGAAGGAGAGCAUUACUAAGGAAAUCGAGCUCACCCCGGAGGAGGUGGCGUACUUGGAGGAGCCGUACGAGCCCAGGGCCGUCCGUGGCCACGCCUAG